CGUUUGGGUAUAUAUAUAUAGCUUGCAUCCAGUGGUUUAUUUGCGAAGAUCUGUGGGUAGAAGUAAAAAUUCAUUAAAGAAAUAACCAAGCUGACGGUAAAGUUAAUCAUUUACUUAUCAUCUGAAUUGUAAAACAUUCUGACAAGAAAGAAAAAAUAAAAGCAACUUCAUAAUCCCUCUAGUUUAAGAUCGUGUUUUAGAAAAGUGAAAUAAUCUGAAGACAACUUCCAAGGAAUGAAAAUGGCAAAUGAAAAGCAUGUCCUUCGCAACCUACUGCAAGCUUUCACCAUUAUAUUUCUUCUGACAGUGAAGAUUGGCGUAUCGAGCAAUGAGGGACUUUUUAGGAAAAUAAGCAAUUCACAAUGUAUAGAUUCUUGGUUGAUUCGAACACAAGCCACACCAACCAUCAUAGAAUGUUCAUUAUGUUGUUUGGCGACUGAUAAGUGUGGAUUCUUUAGUUAUUGUAAUGACACAUGCAAAAUGUUUCAACCUUUGUCCGUGGGAAAUGUUGAAUUGGUUAGUUGCGACUGUAUAUCUUAUUUAAUGCUGCAUGAAAACAGCAGAUCCUGGCAGAAAGUACUUGAGAUAUCUACAUCUUCGUUUAAAAGAAGUGCUCUUUAUGCUUACUGGACUAGUUGGCCUAUAGAAAAGGUGAAACUCUGGUUCGUACGUCGUUCUCACAGAAUUAACUCAAUAACUUUUAAUGGAACGAAUAAAAAUUCUACAGCGUGGUUCAAUGAGAUGAACCUCCUUUCACGGCCGUGGUAUCUACCUCUACCAGUACGUUACAUGUUCAGUUUAAGAGAAAAAUACUUUAUAAUUGAGCCGGAAGACGGCGGUGACUACAUGCUGUAUGCAGAAAAGGUGAAUGAAACAUAUUACAAUAUCAGUUUCAGAAUGAGCAGCAGUCGUUCUUUGAGAUCACACCUAGACGCUCUGGAUGUGUAUGUAUUAUUAGAAUAGGUUUUAUGUUAUUACUGAAAUUAUGUACGGUAAUAAAU